UAAAAUGUCCUAGUCCAGUCUCUCCUGUCAAAAUGGCCACACCAGGCCUCCUGAAAGAAACUUGAAAAAUUUGUAGACACUUAUUUCUGGAAAGGUCACUGGGAAUGACCUGAAAGCAUCUUGUGUUUGUAUGUACUUUGUGGAACCCUCUGUAGGCCCCUUCAGUAAAUUGGAUACCCAGAGUACAUAGAGAAAGUUGACUCAAUGCUUUUUUUAACAACAAUGAUAAAUCAUAAUUGUUACAGAAAGUACAAUCAUGGUGAUUAACAUUAAUAAUGAUAAUGGUCUUUAUGAUGAGAGCAAUAAUAAUAAGAAACUGAAGGAAAUGGGAGAACAGACUAUAGACCUCAGUGAAUGACCAGAGACCCAGUUAGGACUUGGGGUGGUUUGGAUCAGAGUUCUAGGUCUGCUUCUUGAGACUCGUUCCCUGAAGGUAAAGGACAGCAACGGGAGAGAAAAAGAAACACUGCAAGUGGGGCAUAGGUGAAAGCAAGGGCUCCCAGAAAAUCAUCAGCAGAUGAGACUUUCCAGGAAGAGAGGAGUCCUGGUCCAGGGCCUCUCUGCCACCCCAUCCCCAUCCCCUGGACAUCUCACAGGAGUGAGGACCUCCCUGGAGGGCAGACUGGACCGUUGAUCCAUUCCCUGCUUCCCUACAAGGAAUGGUUUGAUUGAAAGAACCAGCCUCCUUGCUGGGUGACUCAGAGGAAGAUAAAAGGAAACAGUACGCAGAAUCCAGCUAUCACCUCCAUCCCCGGACAUUUAAAUAACCCUCUUGAUCCUCAGCCCCCUCAAAUCACCUGGAAGAUUAAAUUCCUCAUCACAGUGCCUGCGUACAGCGGGCAGAGAGCAGAGCUUGAGACGCACCCUGGCACUACUUGCCUCUGUGAUGCUGAAGACAUUCUCCUUCCUUUGUAUUACAGAGACAAUUCAAAUUUCCAGAGUUGUAAACUUUGGAAGAUGCUCGUUGAACAUUCUGCACUAUGGAGACGUGUACCUGACACCUUACAGGGUAUGUAUGGACUCCCCUGAGGAAAAUUCUUGAUGGUCUCUACUGUAAACCCAGGGUGGCCAUUCUUAAACAGAACCCAUAUUGGGCUCCCUGAAGGCGGAAAUAUAGGAUGACUCGGUAGAGCUGUGAUUCUGUCCAAGGGCAGAACAUCAAUCAUUCCACUCCCUGAUUUAAAUUGAAGGCAGUUAGUUUUAGUCCUUUGAUCAUCGGAAUGUUUGGGUGUUGCAGAGAGAGGCCCCUGUUGUAAGGCAUCUCUUCCAGGGACACAUGGGAUUGGGGUUCCAGUCACUAAGUGCAGGGCUGUGAUCUGAAGCAUAACUCAUUCUGAAAUCAUGCCAGCUUUAAUUAAGGAAGCUGGGGAGAAGUGCCCUCACCAGACUAAACUCUGCGUGUUGUUUACUUGAGGAAACUCCCAGUCACCAAACUGCCCCAACCCCUGCAAGUAAGCAACUACACAACUGUGAAAUUUCAGAGUCAUGGAUCUUCAAGGAAAGUGACCUUCCUCCACUACUGUUCCAACACAACCUUGUCCUGGGUGCUGUUCCUGCUGUCAAUAGCAGGCAGGUGGUGAAUGUGCCCAGGCUGAAGGCUCUGUGGUUCCUGGUGCUGGAAGACAUUCCCCUGGUGUCUGACUGGGGCUCCUGAUGGCCCUCUCUGAAGGUGAUCGACUCCAUAGCCUAGACUAUAGGUGGCUGCUUCCUGCAGGCAGUAUUGCAGUACCUUCAGAAGUUCGGAUGAGAGUGAAUGGUCUCAACAACCAGAGUGUUGUCACAACUAGAAAGGAUGGAUUCCCUGCUGCACCUGGAGCUAAAGUACUCCUCCCACCACUGAAGACUUCCUGCUCCUGACACGUUCUCUGUGUGCCUCAAAAUGCCCAGCUGCCCCAUCCUCAGGCUCCAGGAAGUCCACAGCCUGGACCCAGGGCCUUACAGGAGGUGUCCCUCCGUUGUGUGGCAGCUUUUAGUCCCAGCCAGAGCACAUCCACUGAGUGGUGGAAGUGGUACCACAUCAUGACUUGGUCCCUUCCUCACUAUCCUUACCACACACCCUACAUCAUUUUUAUCCAUCCCCUUCCUGCCAUAUGGUUCUCUCUCUGGGGUUCCUAUUUUUCAGAAGCAUUUUAAACCAUGAGAGUCCAUAAUUCACAUUAAACUGUGUUCAGGGAACAGGAUCUGGAGUCAAAUACAUGUGAGCCUAAAAGAUAAAUCAACCAGUUAGGUGCCAUGGAGUUUUGGCCAAGUUACAUGAAUCCUGUCCAGCUUGAUUUCAUAAGAGGAAAGUUGGUGAUGAUAAUGGCAAAUAUAUAGGAUCUUCUGAAUAAACGACAAGAUUAUAAGUAAAUACUCCUGUUAUACCUAACACAUAUCAAUAUUGAUGACGCAUUUGGGUAGAUGGCUUCUUAGAUCUUCCAUAAUAGUUAUCCAUGGACUUUGGGACAGGGCAGGAGCAGAAGAUGGAAAUAAGUUUGAAAGAAUUCUUAGGCUGACGGUCUGGGAAUGGACAGCACUACUGGAACGGGUGUUCUGUAAUCAGGACCACCAUCCUAACAGUGGUUAUUUCUGAGGAGAUGGGUCUACAUUGUCAAGUUUUUGAAAAUGAUUGUUUUUCAUAUUAAACACUUUUUAGAUAUAUAUAUUUUAGAAACUAUAAAACAUGCUGUUUUUAAAGUAAUGCUAUCAAUUUUAAGUAAAAUAUACAUGUUCUGCAUGAAUAUUAAAUGGUGGGAGAGUUUAGUAUCAUCUCAAGAUAGUGCUGAUGGAGAUAAGAAACUACACUCUAUGGUCUCCUUGGAGAGGAAAAUAUACAGACCAAGGGCCGCUGGUGGUUGUGCAGUAGAUAACUGGCUCUGAAACAGACAAAGCCCUGAUUUAUACCAUCUGCUGAUUUUUCUUGUAUAUAAUGGCAAAAUCCAAGCUAAAAAGAGCUUACCACCCAAUUCACAAAACUGUGGAAUAUUUUAUAAGCAACUCUUAGGAGGUUAAGCAUACCAGGUUAAGCAUAGCUCUAUGAGAGGAAUUGAAAUGUGUUAAAGAAAAUUAGUAACUCCUUUAUGGCCUAAAGGCAGGAGUUCAUUGGUGGAAUUGAGAAAGAGUGAUCGAUCACUGGGAUGCCCUAGCUCAUCUUUUAGGGAAGUUAAUUAGGGUAGCUCCCCCCAUCUCAGACUUAGUGACCCCUUGAGUGGACCUAGCUUUUAAUAGUUGAGAGGAAUAAAGGCCAGAAACAUGAUUAUUUCCCCUUUUGAAACCAGCCCUGCCCUGUUUUAUGUGUUUGAGAAGGAAGAGACUUCACGAUUUUUUCUGCUGCUCAAGAUAGAGCCUAGUUAUGGUGAAUGAUUGUACACAAUCAGGACCCAGGGGAGACUUCGGCUGUGAACGACUUCCUUGAUGCAGUAUUAGCAUCUCCCGUCUUGAGUUAAGUGGGAGUCCACAACUUGAUUAAGAUGCUGCCAAGGCUUGACACCCAGGGGAGAUAAUCCAAAGUUUAAGUGUGUGGCCCAGCCUCUUCAACUGCUGUGAGUUUCUAAAAGAAUUAACUUUAUCCCUCAGCACUGGGUGUGGAAGAUGUAGGCUUCUUUGGACAUACCUCUGUUCCAUUGCUUGACAAUUUGAAAUUUACCUAAUGCUUAGAGCAAGAUGUUUGGAAUGGGUGGAUGGCAGUCCAAAUCAGACUUCUACUUUAAGUGAACACUGUGGUCAGUUUAAAUUCAGAAAAGGUUAUGGGAUGACUGCUCUAAGAAGAAUGAUCCAGCUAUUUCUGUCCUUAAUUACCAAGUCAUUUCCAUCAGCAAUAGGAAGAAAACUUCUAAACCCAGAAAAUGCCGUUACCUAAUCUCAAACAAAGAAAAGAUGAGCUCCAGUCCCAUGCCAGUACCAAAGGGAGCUUUUAUAUACCCUAAACUCAAGGGUCUUUCAAAAGGAGGGACUGUUAGAGGCAGGUGUAAUGUAGCCCCAAGCAUGAAGAGAGCCAGGUGGUCACCUGACUAUCUCAGAGCCUAUCCAAUGCCAGCCUGAUGCAGUUGCUUGGAAGUGGUGGGUUGAGUGAUAGUUGACAUUUCUUGGGCAGUUGGCUGUUCUCCAUUUAUUUCAUGUUAAGUGGGAAUAAUGAGAAGACCUGGCUCUUAUUUAAGUCUAAAACCACUGAUUUUUGUGAGUCUCCCUAAGGAUGACAUUGAGCACCAUUUUUUACUCUCACACUUUUUUUGUUUGUUUGUUUUGUUUUUUGCUUUUAGGGCCAUAGUUGCAGCAUAUGGAGGUUCCCCAGCCAGGGGUCAAAUCAGAGCUACAGCUGCUGGCCACAGCCACAGCCACAGCAACGCAGGAUCUGAGCCAUGUCUGUGAACUAAACCACAGCUCAUGGCAACACCAUAUCCCCAACCCACUGGGUAAGUCCAGGGAUCGAUCCUACACCCUCAUGGAUCCUAGUCAGGUUGGUUAAACAGGUGGGCUAUGAAGGGAACUCCUACUCUCACACUUUUGACAUGUGCUUAUCAUCUCUGUGUUGCAGUUUCCUCGUAUUAAUGUGAAUUGUAACACUACCUCACUUUUAAUAUUUUUGCAAGAACGACUCAGUCCAUUUGAAGUCCAUAGAAUUUUGCCUUGUGUACUUGAAAGCUCCAGUUGUUGACUUGAUAAGUUUGAUGCAAAACAUCACAUAAAGACCAAUUCCUUCAGAAAUUGUAUUAAUUUAGUAAAGUUUACAUACAAUAAUAAGAAAUGAAAGAAAUAAUGCAUCUAGUAAUCCAGGAGAUCCAAGUCACUUGAGUCAUCUGGAAUAUUUGAGGGCAGUUGUUCUCAAUUCUCCUAACACAGGCCCUUGACCUCUGAACCAUCUGCCCAUAGGACCUGAUUCAGCAUUCUUUUGAUUUCAGGGCACUGAUUCUUCAUGGUGGUAUGAUGAUGAGAAGGAUGACAAUGACAGAAAAUUUUUUUAAAUCCAGUAUUUGUGCUCAAAAUGAAUGUUAUUGAAUGAUUUUUCUUCAAAAACAAUAUGUUCUUUUAUAUCUCUAUAUUUCCAUGUAUCUUAAAACAUGUCCUAAGUCUUUCAAACUUUUAAUACCAUGGUUGACCCUGGACAUCAUGGGGGUUUACAACUUUAUAGUCAGCACUCCAUAUCUGCAGUUCCACAUCCAUUCAUUUUAGGUGUAUUGCAAGCAGACAUGAUAGCUCUAAUCUAGAAAAGAAGUUGGUUAUUUUCAAUUUAGAGCAGUAGAAGAAAUUGGAAUGAUUGACUAGAUGUCGAGCCAGCCAGAACACUGCAUGAAAGAUGGGAAACGGGCUGACACUGAGUCUUGGGUCAUUCCAGUGAGGUUGAGGAAUUCUGUGCAGAGGACAUGGGAGAAGGACUGUUUAGAGUAGAUUGAAGACAGGAGACUGAGGUGUCAGCUAAGGCUGGGAACAUUUCUGCGAAGGAGGUCACAGUUCAGCUUUUGUUUUCAAGUAGUGAUUCAUAUGUGGGGAGAUAAUUGUUGAUGCUAACAAUAUAUAUUAUAAAAACAAUCCUUGGGAGUCUUGGCAAGUCAGGGGAGAGGAGGUUAUGAGGAAAUGAUACUGGCUUCCGGUUUUGGGAUGAAAGGAGGAUAGAUAGGCAGGGACUUCUGAGAAAAUUAGCUGAAAUGAAGGAAUUGCUUGUGGAGAGAGGGCAGUUUUCUGGUAAAGAACGAAACAGGAGAGAAAGGAAUUUAGUUGGAGACUGAGGCUGGACUUAGCCAGAGGCAGCAGGAGGCUUGAUUUUGAAGGGAGGAGAGGAGUAACUGAUGGGUAUGAAUGGAAGAAUAUUUGUAAAUAUUAUGAUUGUCAAAUGAAUUUGUCACAUUAUGUGAUUCAUCUGCCUUAUAAACUGAAUUGUGUGCCUCAAAAGUCAAAUAUUGAAGUUAUCCUCAGGCCUCUGUGUGUGAUGAUACUUGGAGAUGAGGCCUUAAAAUUGUAAUUAGGUUAAAGUGUUAUUAGGGUGGGCCCUAAUCCAAUUUUGCUGGUGUCUCUGCAAGAAGAGGAGAAUAUGGCACAGUCAUGUCCAAUGGGAAGACCUAUGAAGACACAGGGAGAAGACAGCAGUCCAGGAGCUAAGCAGGGAGGCCUUAGAUGAGACCAGCCCUGGCUUCACUUUGAUUGCAGACUUACAGCCUCCAGAAUUGUGAGAAAAUAAAUUUGUUAUUUAAGCCAUCCAAUCUGUGACACUUUGUUAAAACAUCCUUAGAAAACUUAUAUAAUAUGUGCAGUAGGAAAUAACUUCAUCUUUUGAAAGGUAAGAAUGUGUAGAUUCAAAAGGCAUGGGAAAAACUUGGAAGUAUUUUUUAAAGCAAGGAAUUGAAACAUUUACUUUGUAAAACAUAGUAGAGUUGCCAGAUAUAUUUGACAUCUGCUAGAGGUAGUGAUUCUGUGUUUCAGUAGGGAUCAACUGAGUAGUGUAUGUGUCAGAUGCAAUCCUGGAAAUGGGAUCUCAAAGGGGAAGUGUGAUUAAUAGUUCAAGACACCUAGAAAAUGUUCUGGUCUUGGUAAAUACCUAUUGAAAUGAGUAAGUGUGAAUUAAACUGAGCAGGAAAAAUGUAGAGAGAUGUAGCUUAAUGUUUGAAAGGUAAAAUCAAUACAUUGGAGGUCCCCAUGUGGCAGAGAACCUGAAUAUGAGGUGUAAUUUUAUGAAAAAGUAGGAAGGAAGUAAGGUUUUAGUAACAGGAUGGGGCUCCUGAUGAUUAACACCAGAAGUGAUAUUCCAGGUAAAACCUAGAUGUGAUAUGUAAUUCUUAAGGAAUUUGAGGUAGGAGACAGACAAAACAAAAUUUAAACUAUGAAUGUGUCAUUUUCCACCUGUGACUUUGUUAUAUGAUUAAAUUUUUUGGACCUCUUCAAAGGUCAUUUGUUAAAUUGGUUAAAUUGGUAAACUGACUAAAAUCUCCAAGUUUAUUGUAAGGAUUAAAUGGGUGAGUUAUGUAAAUAUCCAAGCACAGAGUCAUGUUUGAUACAAAUAUAUCUUUUUUUUCCUUUUUCUGGACCUCAGGUACGAAUGGGUGAGUUUAUCCUCUUUUGUUUAUGAUGCAUUAUCAUCAUUUGCCAUGAAAUAUAUUUAGUUAUUAUUGGUAUUUUAGGGGAGAAUUUACACUUUAUAAAUGCUUUCUCUGUGCGUCUGUCACACACAUUUGUGUGCAUAUGCGUAUAUAUGCAUGUACACAUACAUGUGUGUGUGUAUAUAAUGAAAUGCAGGAAUAUUGUAGCUAAUGAAGGUUAAUACAGAACAGGAUUUCAACUACCACUUUACUAAGGUAAUCAGAUGGAGUUAACUAGAUUUUCUCCUAAACCCCAGCCAUCUUUGACCUAGAGGAUAAGACUGUCCAUGAUAGUAACAGACUCUUGUCCCCCUGCUGCUUUCUGGUGCAGGGUGAGAGGUGGGGGCAGUUAGGGACUAGACUCUCUCAGUGGGUGCCAUGGUUCCUCCAAAUGGAAUAAGUCCUUGAAUUAACUCCAUAUCAAAGAAAUUAUUGGUUGAUUGACUUCCAAGUCUGUGAGGAACAGAACAAAAAGUCGGGGUUGAGGGAGUGCUGGAAGGGAGUGAGGCUCCAGAGAGCUUCCAGGAGUGCUGGAGAAGCCUUGCUGGUACAUAUGGCAAGAAUCAAGACAUGGGAGCACUUCCCAGUGUUUACCUUUAGGUGAAAACCAAAAGCUACAUGUAGCACGAGGCAGGGGUCACUGGUUUGAUCAGUGAAGGAACUGCAUAACUCUGGAUGCUAUGGGCUAAUUAACGUAUAAAGCUCAGUACUUUUAAUGUUCUUAUCCAUUAGUUAUCUGUAUUUCUGUGUUUUUUGUUAGCAACUAUAGUUAUAGUCCCUUUACUUUGACCCUGAAAAAGGAGAAGAGGCCUCUGUAUUUCUCAUCGAGUGCACUGCAUGUCUUUUAGACUUGGAGGUCACACCCAGGUACAGGUUUGGGGCUUCAUGAAAUGGUGGACUGGGAGGUGUGCACAGGACUCAAGUCUCAUGGCUUCUCUCCCUAUCCUCAGCUUUGCCUGCUUAAUACAUGGAUUGUCAGUGAGUGAAAACCCAGAGCAAGACUGCUGGCAACAGAGUUAUUGACAAUGCAGCCACUGGAAUCUGUGACAUUCGAAGAUGUAGCCAUAGACUUCAGCCAGGAGGAGUGGGCCCUGCUUGACACAUCCCAGAGAAAGCUCUUCAGAGAUGUGAUGCUGGAAAAUAUCAACCACCUGGUCUCUCUAGGGUAUCAUCAUAGCAAAUCGGAUGUGAUUUUCCACUUGGAACAAGGUGAAGAGCUGUGGUUUGAAGGAAGAGGAUUUUUCCAAAGCCACAGUCCAGGCAGGGAAAGUGCCCUUAAAGAAGAAAUGUUAGCCACAUGGAAUAUCAGCAGUAAGGAUACAUCUACAAUCAUCCCAGUGCAGGUAUCUCACACUCCAGAGGAUCCCUUUGAAUGUAAUGAUUUGGGAGAAGAUUUCAUAUAUAGCUCAACACUGAGUCAGCAUUUGUUAACUCACAUGGAAAAAAUACCCUGUAUCAGCAAACAGUGUCAGAAACCCCUCAGUGACCAAUCAUACCUUAAUCAGCAUAAGCAGAUCCACACUAGAGGUAAGUCAUGUGAGUGCCAUCUGUGUGGGAAAGCCUUUAGUAAUUGCUCUAGCCUUAGAAGACACGAGAUGACUCACACUGGCGAGAAACCCUAUGAAUGCCAUAUCUGUGGGAAUGCCUUUAUUCAAAGCUCUGACCUUAGAAAACACAAUCUAACUCACACUGGAGAGAAACCAUAUGAAUGUCAUCUCUGUGGGAAAGCCUUUAGUCAGUCCUCUAACCUCAGACAGCAUGAGAGGACCCACACUGGGGAGCAACCUUAUGAAUGUCAACUGUGUGGGAAAGCCUUCAGUAAAUGUUCUGCUCUUAGACGACAUGAGAGAACUCACACUGGAGAGAAACCUUAUGAAUGUCAUCUCUGUGGGAAAUCCUUCAGUCAGUGUUCUGCCCUUAGACGACAUGAGGGAACCCACAAUGGAGAGAAAAGUAUGAAUGCCUUCAGUAAAUAUUCUGACCUUAGAUGAUGUGGAACAAAAGUUACAAAUGUAGAGGAGACUUCAACCAUAGCUUUAGCAUUUAAACACAGAGGACUCACAUUGAAGAAGCACUGCAAUCAAUGUGAAAGAUCCUUCGUUCAUCUGUACUCAUUUUGACAUCUGCAAACUUAAGUAGAAGAGAAUCUAUGUGUGUGACAUUUAUGUGGCAAAACCUUCAAUGAGUGGUCUGAUCAUAGAUGACAUUGGAGAACUCAUACUGUAAAUAUAAGGAAUGUGGAAGUCUUUAACAACAACUCUAAACUAUAAACACACUAGAGAGCUUGCACAGGGAGAACCCAGGUCUAUAAUCAAGGUGAAGAUGCUUUCAUCUAUAAUUCAUGGUUAAGCAACAUGAGCAAAAUCCAUUUGGAAAAACACUUAGGUGCUUAAUCACUGAACAAACAUUCACGCAAGCAGUCUUUUUUUUUCUUUUUAGGGCUGCACCUGCAGCAUAUGGAAGUUUCCAGGCUAGAGGUCAAAUUGGAGGUGCAGAUGCCAGCCUACACCAAAGCCACAGCAACACGGGAUCCAAGCCACAUCAAUGACCUACUCCACUGCUCACAGCAACACUGGAUCCUUAACCCACUGAGUGAAGACAGGAAUUGAACCCACAUCUUCAUGGAUACUAGUCAGGUUCAUACCCUGCUGAACAUGGGAACUCCCUCAGCCAAGCAGUCUUGAUAUGCACAAGAACACUCCAUGAAGGAAUAACCCCUAAAAUGGAUGUAAGAGAAUGAAGGCUCUUGAGGAGUACCAAGUAAUUCAUUCUGGAGAAGUGAUUCAAUGAAAAAUCCUUUAUUCAUGGAGCAAUGCCUGUGGUCCAUUGUGGACUCAGACUGUACAAAACACUUUCAGCGUAAUGAAAGAAGGAAAGUUUUCAAUGAUUUCUCAUUUCAUAAUCAACCUUAAGGUUCUCACACUGAGGAGAUGGGGAUCCUAAAAUCAAAGUGGAGAGAUUUUCAUCUAGAUUUCACAUUCAGAAAACUAAGUUUAGGAGGAAAAAAAACUUUUCAAAGUUCUUUUAACAUACAAUUUAGCAAAUAAUUCUGAAUUUGUAGAGAACUAUUAAUGGGGUAAAUCUGACAUAUAAAUGCAAGAUAGUAAAGUGAUUUGGGAAUACCCAAAUGCAGAAUUUUGUAAGAAAUUAAACAUUUAGAUUAAUUUUAGAUUACUUGUAAAUAUUUGAACAAUAAACUUUGUUACUGAAAAACCUA